AUUGGCCCACGAAGAAUCAGUGUCACGUCAAUCACCACCUCAUCGAGUUGAUUAGAACUGUUUUUGCUACUAUCGUUGACGGUAAAGAUCUUAUUUUCUGUCGACGAGCGCUCAGUUGAACUUUCCAGUGUUUUCUUUGACCGCCCGGUGUUUGAGGCAAACCGGACAGAGAAAUGGCGAACGACAGAGCUGACAGUGACGGAGAUUCAAAUGAAGACAUGGAGGGAGGCUGCUGUAAAACCAGUCUGCUGGCCGGAGAGAACAGGUUCAUGGCGUCCUGUGUCAAAGAGAUGGCUCUGCUCACAUUAAUGGAGAAGACGGGAUACAACGUGGUUCAGGAGAAUGGACAGAGAAAGUAUGGAGGACCCCCACCAGGCUGGGAGGGCCCAGCCCCCCCACGAGGCUGUGAGGUGUUUGUGGGGAAGAUUCCUAGGGACAUGUACGAAGACAAGCUGGUGCCUCUGUUUGAGCGAGCCGGCAGACUCUACGAGCUCAGACUGAUGAUGGAGUUCAGCGGCGAGAACCGUGGCUACGCCUUCGUCAUGUACACCAACAGGGAAGCAGCCCAGAGAGCCAUCCAGAUGCUGGACAACUACGAGGUCCGGCCUGGGAAGUUCAUUGGAGUGUGUGUGAGUCUGGAUAACUGCCGGCUCUUCGUGGGCUCCAUCCCCAAAGACAAGAGGAAGGAUGAGAUCAUGGAGGAGCUGAAGAAGGUGACAGACGGGGUUAUGGAUGUGAUCGUGUAUCCCAGCUCCAUAGAUAAGAGCAGAAACCGAGGCUUUGCCUUCGUUGAGUAUGAAUCCCACAAAGCUGCAGCCAUGGCCAGGAGGAAGCUCAUACCCGGAACUUUCCAGCUGUGGGGAGGCCCCAUCCAGGUGGACUGGGCCGAGCCUGAGAAAGAUGUGGAUGAGGAGGUGAUGCAGCACGUUAGAGUCCUUUAUGUGCGCAACUUGAUGCCGAGCACCACUGAGGAAACUCUUCGUCUGGAGUUCUCCCGCUUCAAGCCCGGCUCUGUGGAGCGAGUCAAGAAACUCACCGACUACGCCUUCAUCCACUACAACAGCCGUGAAGACGCCAUCACUGCGAUGAGCCUCAUGAAUGGAGCUCAGAUCGAGGGAGCCACCGUGGAGGUGAUGCUGGCCAAACCGGCCGGGGUCAAAGAAGGAGGUGUAACCGGGAGGAAGUACAAUAGCAGGGGAUACCUGGGAAACGGUGCAGGAGGAAAAGGGACCGGGACGAUUGUUCUGCACAGGAACGAUGGAGGGACGAUGGGAGGAGCUGGGGACGGCUGCUCGCCACUGAGAUCUGUGUCCCUCCCGCCCUGCCUGAGGAGCCCCUUCUACUCAAGAGCUGCAGGAGAUGACGUGGACAGGUGUGUGUUCCCCCUGUUUCCUGGCACCCCCCUGGCCCCCACCAGCCUGCUGUCGCUAAAGCAGAGUCAGAUCAGCUCCGCUGUCAGUCUGCUCGACUAUUACUGCCACAAAAACUGCUGGUCGCAGCCCGAGUACCACCUGUACUCCACCCCCGGACAGGACGGGAAACUGCUGCUGCUCUAUAAGGUUGUGAUCCCGUCCACACGAGGCACCUACAUCCCAGACAAGCUGUGUGUGCUGCUGGAUGACGCCAAAGAGCUGGCUGCACAGACUGCGCUGUGGAGGCUGGACUCAUCCAUCCUGAGCACAGCUGCCUACAAUUCUCCCAGCAGCCUCUCUCCUCCACUCGCUGCCCCCGCCUCCGCCGCCAGCCCUGGCAUCCUGACCUGCGGCAGCAGAGCCUUCACCUCCUGCCUCCCUCUCUCCCCCCUCUCUUCUGUGUCCAUGCUCACCCCUCCUGCCUCCCAGUCACAGAGGCUCUACUUCAGUUCCCAGUCGCCGUUCUACUGACGGAGGAUUUUUCUCACCUGAGAUGUAGCGACGAGAGGACGACCUACAGCGGAGGAGGUGAAUGGAGGGGAAGACGAUCAGGAGCAUGAGGAGAAAAAACAGGACUGUCUUUAUUUUGACUACACCACCAAAUAUCUCCCAGUGGUGCUGCUGUGAUGUGCCGCCCCAUCGUUUGACCUUCACAUGCUCAGCACCACCAAUUUGUUUGCUUCACUCCAUCUAUUUCAAAUUUAAUGUCAGUCUGAGAUAAUAUUUAGCUUCUGAUAAGCCACUCAGCUUCUUUUCUCUAUGGCCUCUGAUAAACAGAAGGAGAACAAAGAUGGGAACUGUUUAGCUUUUACAGCAAAUCCAGCAGAUAAAACUUUUUUUUUCUGAAACUCUGUUAAAUGUCAGA